AACGGAAAGAAUGGCGGGGGAUUCCGCGUAGGCUCGCCCGAGUGAUCAGAAGCUCCUUCUCCUCGGAAAAGCGCGCUGCCAGUUGGAAGCCACGCGCGCUUUUUCUUCUCUCUCUUCCCUACCUUCAUUCCGACAUCACUGCAGCGACCUAGGGCACCGCUCCUCCCUGUUGCGGCCAUCAUUUCCCACUCCAUUUUCCAGCAGGAUUUGGUUAUUUAUAAUUUACAUUUUCAUCAUCUUUAGUAGAAAAGAGGAUGAAAAUGUAAAUUCUAGUGCACCAAAUAGUUGGGAUAAGGCUUUGAUGAUGAUGACGAUCCUCUUUUCUACUAGGUACUAUGGACAUUCCAUUACCAUUGGAUAAGAUUUCUUUUCAAGUCAUUGAUCAAGUUGUGCCUACAGAUGUUGUUGCAAAGAAAAGAACUUAUGUUGUUCUGGUAUCAACUGGAAGUUUCAACCCCCCAACUUAUAUGCACUUGCGCAUGUUUGAAUUGGCAAGAGAUGCCCUGAACUCUGAAGGCUAUGUGGUUAUCGGUGCUUACAUGUCACCUGUCAAUGAUGCAUACAAGAAAAAGGGCUUAAUAUCAGCCGAGCAUAGGAUCCAGUUGUGUGAGCUUGCUUGUCAGAGUUCUACAUUUAUAAUGGUAGAUCCAUGGGAGGCCAAGCAGAGCAGCUAUCAACGCACUUUGACAGUCUUGGAUAGAAUCCAAGGGUUCUUGCAUGAAAAUCGAAUUCAACUUGUAGAGACCCUCAAAGUAAUGCUUUUGUGUGGUUCUGAUCUACUUGAGUCUUUUGGCAUUCCUGGAGCAUGGAUUCGUGAUCAGGUCAGAACGAUAUGCCGAGAUUAUGGAGUUGUGUCUAUUCGUAGAGAAGGGCAAGACAUCGAUAAGAUCAUUGAUGGGGAUGACAUUUUGUUCGAAAAUAAGAAUAACGUUAUAGUCGUGGAUGAACUGAUUCCAAAUAAGAUUAGCUCGACAAGAGUAAGGGAGAUCAUAAAAAGAAGGUUCUCUCUCAAGUAUUUGACAGCAGAUGGAGUUAUCGAUUACAUUGAUCAGCACCAGCUCUACCGGAAUGAGGAUGAAUUGAAUUCAUGAAUAGUUUUUGGUGUGGGUGUUUUAUCUUAUUUAAACCAAUAUAUUGGUUGGAGCUCACAGGAGAUGGUUUUGUCAUUGAAGUCAAUUUAUCUGUAUUUGUCAUCUUUCUUCAACUCUGGACCUUCAUGGUAGUUUGACGGUCCAUAUUGCUUCAUCAUAUUGAAUGUUAAUUUGCGCCUGUUGAGAUCUCUCAAUCUCACACACACAUUUAAAAUCUAUAUGGCUAAGGGCGUUUGCCCUUUUCCAUCUCUUUUCAAA